UUCAAAUAUAAUUUUAACCAAUCAUGUGCGACUACAUUUUGACUCCGUGAAGGUAAUGGGUCACAGGAAGCACAUGUAAACAAAGAAAUUGAGCCAUAAUUUUCCUCUAUAAGGAUUGCAGUUUGUAAGCAUCCUGAAAAUUGAGCAAAGAUGUCAACAAAAGAUGAUAUAGAGGAAGAAGAAGGCGGUUAUGAUGAGGAUGAGGAUGCUGAAAUGACAACAGAAGGAGCCCAGCUUACAACCACUACACCAGACUCCAAACCUGUCAUCUCAGGACGAAGUGUCACCUUGCAAAUGUUAAUCACAGACCAUAUCAUGGAGCCUGGAAAUGCUGUACUCACACUCAAAUAUCUGGGGAGAAAGUUUAUCGCAGACCUGCUGCCCAAUGGAAAGAUACAAACUCCAGCCACGAAGGAAGUGUUUGCUACACCUAGUGCUUGGGCCCAGCACUGUAAACGUCAAAUCAAUCCGGAGAAAAAAUCUGGAUGUGGAUGGGCCUCGGUGAUGUACAAGGGACGAAAGCUGGAUUCAUGGAAGACGUCUUGGUUCAGGAAAUAUCACCCUCACAGUCCCGCACGAAGUCGGGAAACACCGUCCCCACGAAGUAUAUGUAGUGAUUUGAAUGGUGAACAAGGUGACCUCAGAUCAAGGCCUCCAUCAGAAUUGGGGUCACGACCUCAUUCUGACCUGGGGUCAAGACCUCACUCUGAGUUGUCACAGCCUCUAUCAGAACUAGGGUCACAGCCUCACUCUGAUUUAGGGUCACAGCCUCACUCUGAAGUGGAACCCAGACUUCAAGCUGAUGAUGAAGUUGGAACACAACAUCUGGAUGAAGGCUGGGACCGGAGUACCCCGGGGGAAACAGCACCUCUCGAUCUCACAGCACGCCCCGCCCAUACCAGCACACCAGUUUUCAAUGGAGGAAGCCAGACUCACAGGUUGUCUGUGGAGAAAAGUAAUGGGGAUUCCCACCAAGAGGAAGCAUUGAAUCUGUCCUUGAAGACAACUCCAACAAACGGAACAAGGAAGGUGAAAUCCUCGGCACCACCAUCCGCCACACCGCCAGUUACUCCACCUUCAAAUCCAUCCUCGGAAACUAACAAUAACAACGUGUGUGACCGUAUUUCCAUCCGACACUCGGCACUCAAAAAACGCAGCCAAAACAUAGACCCGAACACUCUAGUUGAGUGUGAAGCUUUCAGUAACCUUGACAAGGUCCAGCCAUUCACAGUUUCCAUGACAACCAAUGCGUCCUUACUGAUGGACUUCCAUUCUCAUCUCACGUCCAGCGAAGUAGUGGGCUACCUCGGUGGCAAGUGGGAUCAGCAAUCACAGCAUUUAAGUAUUAUCCAGGCGUAUCCUUGUCGAUGUAGACUAGGGGACAGCCAGAAAUCAGCCGCAACUGAAGAGGAGAUCCGGAAACAGAUGACCCGUGUUGGCCUGUCCUUGGUCGGAUGGUACCACAGUCAUCCUUAUUGCCAGCCUGAUCCGUCCGUGAAAGACAUCGACUGUCAGAUGUCCUAUCAGUUACGCAUGAAGGGAAAGGGAUCCACCUACUUCCCCUGUGUGGGGUGCAUUGUGGCUCCUUAUAAUCGACAGACAACCAAGAAAACAUCAUCCCUUCAGAUCUUCAUGGUCAUGCCACCAUUAGAGAGCCAGCCUUCAGAUUACGGUAUCCCAAUGAAAGUGAAGUACUCCCUCCGUCAGAAUCAGUCCGUCACUGAAGACCUGCUCACCGAAAUGCGGGUCAUUGCAGACUUUUAUCGUGGAGCGCCCGACUUCCUCAAAUUUAGACAAAUAUGGCAGCCAUCCAUCUCAUACAUGGACAAAAUUAAGUGUUCCUUGGCGCGCAGACUUCCAGAAGAUCAGAUGGAGAGCGGAACAUUCCUCGAUUUUGUUCAACAUAUUCUUACACCAAAGUGACAAGACCAAACAGCAUAUUCCCAAACAAAGUGAUGUUUGAAUUUUUACAUAUUCCCUCCCCAAACAAAGUGAUGUUUCAGUUUUUACAUAUUUCCUCCCCAAACAAAUUGAUGGUUGAAUUUUUACAUAUUCCCUCCCCAAACAAAGUGAUGUUUCAGUUUUUACAUAUUCCCUCCCCAAACAAAGUGAUGUUUCAGUUUUUACAUAUUCCCUCCCCAAACAAAUUGAUGGUUGAAUUUUUCCCUGUGUCACUGUGUCAAUAUGAUCAGUCAAUUUAAAACCACACCAUCCAACAUCUGAGAAAUCAGUGUUGGUCCCAUCAAACGAUGUCAAAACUAUUGUCAAAACUAUUUUCAUUAUAGACAAUGUCACCAUGAUAAUUGACCAUAUGGCUCCGAAGAUGAUAUUGCUUAAAAUCUCCAAAAUUAAAUAUAGAAAGUUCUCCAGUAAAUUGUAAGAGACUUUUUCAACAAAAACCUUGACAAUCCACAUAGUAUCUUACAAGAAAUAUUGCUUCCCGUCCAGUUCUGUUGUGGAAGUUGUGAAAUUCUAUUUUUUGUGAUGUCGUAUGCUGAAUUCUGUUUUUGAUGUCAUACACUGAAUUCUGUUUGUGAUAUCAAAAAUUGAAUUUGGUUUGUGAUGUGAUAUGCUGAAUUCUGUUUAUGAUGUCAUACAUUGACUUUGGUUUGUGAUGUGAUAUGCUGAAUUCUGUUUAUGAUGUCAUACAUUGAAUUUGGUUUGUGAUGUGAUAUGCUGAAUUCUGUUUGUGAUGUCAUACUCCGCCAUUGCUUCAUAGAUAAGUUCGAGUUUAAAGGUAAAAAUUUUGCAAGUUAAUGUUUAAUUUUGAUAUUUAUGAGAUAGUGUUGGUUUUAUAA